AUGAACGACGACCAGCAUGCUGAGCCUGACGAUCAGGCCAGCGAUCUGGAAGAAGGUCAUUCUGUAGACUCCAUUCCCGUCAUGGACGGGAGCACUUUCCAACCCGAAGACGAUGACGCGCUAUCCCGCCGCAACUCCAUGGGCGCACACAGCGUAGACAUCGGCAUGUUCGAUCCCGAAGGCGUGCGCCAUCUCCGCAAGACAUUAUUUCGACGUAACCUUCUGCUCCGUUCGCACAAUAGAAGACAGAGCUUCUCUGCGGCUGCCGAACCCACUUUGUCCUCAGCAGGCCGUUUUGACCUCGAGAAGGCUCUUAGGCGUGCCAUCAGCAUGCUAGACGAGUCCGAUAUCAAGACGAGAGAACUUGGCGUCGCAUUCAGAAACCUGCGCGUGGUAGGACUGGGAGCCACGGCAUUGCACCAACCCACCGUCGGGUCGGUGUUGAACCCUUGGAAUUUUUUGAAGUCCCUACUCAGACUCCGGCAUCCACCCCUUCGCGAUAUCCUCAGUGACUUUGAAGGCGUAGUCCGGUCCGGAGAGAUGCUUCUCGUCCUGGGCCGUCCUGGCGCUGGCUGCAGUACGUUCCUGCGUGUUCUUGCGAAUCAGCGCGAGGAGUAUCACGGCGUUUAUGGCGAUGUCUUCUACGACUCUUUUAGCCCAGCUGACAUCCACCGGCACUACCGUGGCGACGUGCAGUACUCUCCCGAGACGGAUGAUCAUUUCCCGAGUCUCACCGUUGAGCAGACCCUUAAGUUUGCUGCGCGUACGCGUGCCCCUCAGCAGCGCAUCGGCGGCAUGUCGCGUGAUCGGUAUAUCGAGAUUAUAACGGACAUCUUGCUGACCAUGUUCGGCUUGCGACUGGCGAAGAAGACCCGUGUUGGAGAUGCCUCGAUCAGAGGUGUCUCCGGAGGGGAGAAGAAGCGGGUGUCCAUCUGUGAGACGCUGGCUACCAGGAGUCGGUUGACGUGUUGGGAUAACUCUACUCGAGGCCUGGAUGCCUCAACAGCCCUUGAGUUCAUCCAAGCUCUCCGUCUGGCGACGGACAUAAUGCACAGCUCGACCGUUAUCUCGGCGUAUCAAGCCGGCGAGUCGCUCUACCGGCUCUGCGACAAGGUAUGUCUCCUGUAUGAGGGCAGGAUGGCGUACUUCGGUCCCGCCGACCACGCGCGGGAGUACUUCAUCGACAUGGGGUAUGAGCCCGCGCACCGGCAGACUACCGCGGAUUUCCUCGUUGCUAUCACUGAUCCGAAUGGCCGUAAUGUGCGGCCGGGUUAUGAGCAGCGAGUGCCGCGCACCGCGUCGGAGUUUGCCGCAUACUUUUCGCAGUCCGAGCUCGGGCAGCUCAACCGUGCAGACAUCGAGUCGUAUUGUGAUGAGUUCGUCGGGAAGCCCCAGAGGGUUUCCGAGUACAAGGCGAGUGCGCUCGCGGAGCAUUCCAAGAGCCUGGGGUCCAGAAGCUCGUUCAUCACCUCCAUCCCGAUGCAAGUGCGCGCGCUCGUGGUGCGUAGGACCCAGAUCGUAAAGGGUGCGGCGGGCACGCAGGUUAUCCGGACUAUCUCCUUCGUCCUGCAGGCAAUCAUCGUUGGCACGAUCUUCCUGAAAAUGCCUAAGACGACAGCUGCGUACUUCUCGCGAGACAGUGUGCUGUUCUUUGCCAUCCUUUUCACGUGUUUGUCGUCGGCUGCCGAGAUCCCUGCGCUUUUCGCCCAGCGCCCGAUCGUGCUCAGGCACUCCAAGGCCGCGAUGUACCACCCGUUUGUCGACUCGCUUGCACUGUCCCUCGUUGACCUUCCCAUCACAUUCUUUACCAUCGUCUUGUUUUGUGUGGUGCUAUAUUUCCUUGCGGGGCUGCAGCGGACCGCAGGACAGUUCUUUAUCUUCCUGCUAGUCAUCUUCUUAGUCACGAUUACGAUGAAAGGAUGGUUCCGGGCCCUUGCCGCGUCGUUCAGCGUCGCACCGCCUGCGCUGACGGCGGCCGGUUUCUCCGUCCUUGUUCUGACUCUGUACACCGGAUUCACCAUACCCCAGCCAGCCAUGAUUGGCGCUCUACGGUGGCUAACCUACCUCAACCCUGUUCGGUACGGCUUUGAGGCAAUGGUUGUCAACGAAUUCCACAAUCUCUACGGCAGCUGUUCGACGCUGAUUCCCCAGGGCGAUGGAUAUGAGAAUGUCACGCUUGCGAACCAGGUUUGCACUACACUCGGCUCGCUUCCCGGGCAGGCGGAGGUGUCGGGUAGCCGGUAUGUGCAGAUGUCGUAUGGAUAUGUUCAUUCACAUCUCUGGCGGAACGUUGGUAUCACGAUCGUGUUCUUCAUUGGGUUCCUCGUGAUACUCCUCAUACUGACCGAGAUCAACACCGGUGCGAAGGGCAACACUGACGUGCUGCUGUACAAGCGCGGAUCCCACCCGGAGGCGCUCAAGCAAGCCAAGGCCGCCGCGCGCGGUGAGGACAUUGAGAAGCAGCCCGCCAGUGAACCAUCAAUCCAGGGCUCGGUCGAGGAUGAGAAUAAGGCUGAGAUACAGAAUGCGACCCGUGCGGCUCCUCCUCCGUCCGAGACAUUUUCGUUCCAGGACCUGUGCUAUACAGUUCACACGUCCGACGGCGACCGGUUGUUGCUUGAUAGCGUUUCUGGAUAUGUACCUCCCGGGAAAUUGACCGCAUUGAUGGGUGAGACGGGUGCGGGGAAGACUACUCUGCUUAAUGUACUGGCAGAGCGGACAAUUGGCGGCGUCGUCACUGGCGACCGCUUUAUGAAUGGCCAUGUGCUGCCGGCGGACUUCAAGGCUAGGACUGGUUACUGCCAACAGACAGAUACGCAUUUGGAGACGGCGAGUGUGCGUGAGGCGUUGAUGUUUUCUGCGAUUUUACGUCAGCCGCAGUCGACACCGUAUGCAGAGAAAUGCGCCUACGUUGAAAAAUGUUUGGAGAUGUGUGGCUUGAUGCCGUACGCCGAUGCUAUUGUAGGCUCUCUGGGAGUGGAGCAUCGGAAGCGGACGACUAUCGGCGUCGAGCUCGUCGCGAAACCUUCGUUGAUUUUUCUUGAUGAACCGACAUCUGGGCUUGAUUCACAGAGCGCGUGGGCUAUCAUGACCUUCUUGCGCGAUCUGGCUGAUAGCGGCCAAGCUAUUGUAUGCACCAUUCAUCAGCCUUCUGCCGAACUUUUCCAGGUAUUCGACAGGCUACUCUUGUUGUGUAAAGGUGGAGAAACCGUCUAUUUUGGAGACGUUGGAAAGAGAGCCACCACUCUUCUCGACUAUUUUGAGAGGAACGGUGGACGGCCUUGUGGCGAAGCCGAGAACCCUGCGGAAUACAUCCUAGAUGUCAUCGGUGCAGGUGCUACAGCCACUGCAGACAGAGACUGGUUCGCUAUCUGGAAGAACUCGAAGGAGAUCCAGAAGUUACAAGAAGAACUCGAGCAGCUCCACGCUGAAGGCCGUAAGGGCCCGCCGAUUGGACUGACCGUGGGCACAACGUUCCCGACCUCAUGGUUCCACCAGUUUGCCAUGGUGUUCCAACGGUGCAUGCAGAGCCAGUGGCGCAACCCUAUGUAUAUAAUGGCGAAGCUCGCGUUGAAUGUCAUCGGCGGUCUUUUCAUUGGUUUCACGUUCUUCAAGUCCAAAAACACCGUACAAGGGACUCAGGACAAACUCUUCUCAAUCUUCAUGUCCACGGUUUUGAGUGUCAGUCUUACGCACCAGGUGCAAGUGAUUUUCAUCGAGAUGAGGGAUAUCUACGAGAUCCGCGAGCAGCACAGUAACAUGUACAGCUGGUCCGCGUUGGUGACUGCCCAGAUGUUGGUCGAGAUACCCUUCAACUUCUUGGGCUCCCUUAUAUUCUUCUUGUGCUGGUACUGGACCGUGGCCCUUCCUGGAGAGCGCGCCGGCUUCACAUAUCUGCUCUUUGGCGUUGUGUAUCCGUUCUACUACGUCACCAUCGGAGAGACUGUAGCCGCGAUGUCUCCCACUGCUGAGAUUGCCGGUAUCGUCUUCAGCUUCCUGUUCACCUUCGUGCUUGCAUUUAAUGGUGUGUUGCAGCCAUAUCGUGUAAUGGGCUGGUGGCGAUGGAUGUAUCACGUGACUCCCUUUACGUAUCUGAUUGAAGCACUGCUUACGCAGGCACUUGGCAAGAAACCGAUCGUGUGCAGUGCCGCAGAACUAGUUACCGUCGACCCACCUACCGGACUGACGUGUACAGAAUACCUGGGUCGGUUUAUUGCAGCCAAAGGCGGAUACGUGACGAAUGGGAACGCCACCAGCAGUUGCCGCUAUUGUGCAUACGCCACCGCUGAUGCGUUCCUGGAACAAUCCUUCAACAUGUACUAUAAGUACCAUUGGCGGGACUUCGGCCUCUUCUUCGUGUAUAUCAUAUUCAAUAUUGUCGCCACGUAUGCGUGCACCUACGUGUUCCGUAUUCGUGGACAAGCGAUCAUCGGGUGGUUGAAGAAGCAUCUUCCUCUCAAUCGGAUCCGGACUCUGAGACGCAAAGACUAG